AUGACAAUUGGCACACAUAAUGGAAAAUUUCAUACCGAUGAAGCUUUAGCUUGUUUCUUUUUAAAAUCAAUUCCAGAGUUUAGUAAUGCAGAAAUUGUAAGAUCAAGAAAUAUGGAAAUUCUAAAAAAAAUUGAUAUAUUAGUAGAUGUAGGAGGUGUUUAUAAUCAUGAAAAAAGGCGAUAUGAUCACCAUCAAAAAACAUUUGAAGAAACAAUGGCUUCAUUAAAAGUUUUACCAUCAUUUAACACAAAAUUGUCUUCAGCUGGAUUAAUUUAUGCUCAUUAUGGAAAAAGAAUAAUAUCAGAAAUUUUAAAUAUUUCUCCAAAUGAUUCUAGUAUGGAUGAUUUAUUCUAUUUUAUGUAUUUGUUUUUUGUUGAGUCGGUUGAUGCUAUUGACAAUGGAGUCAAUUGUUAUGAUUGCCCCCCUAAAUAUAUAGUUCCUGAAUCGUUGUCCUCUCGUGUAAAUGAUCUAAUGCCAUAUUGGAAUUCAACUAAAUCAAAUGAUGAAGAUUAUUUAUAUGAACAAUUUAUGAAAGCUAUUAAAUUAGUUGGUACAUCAUUUACAAAUAAGUUAGAGAGUACUUAUUAUUCAUGGUUACCAGCAAAAAAUAUUGUAAAAGAAGCACUAGAAAAACGUUUUUUAGUGCAUAGUACUGGGCAAAUUAUUUAUUUAGAUAAAGGAAGUGUACCAUGGAAAAGUCAACUUUUAAUAUUAGAAAAGGAAUUAUGUCUAAAUGAGAAAGAUAUAUCUUUUGUUGUCUAUAAAGAUGAAAUAAAUAAUCGUUACAAAGUUCAAGCUAUUCCAUUAAAAAAUGAAGAUAUGGCUUUUGAAAAUAGGGCAUUACUUAAAAAAGAAUGGAGAGGUUUGGAUCGUGAAAAAUUGAAAGAAUUAUCUAAAAUUAAUGAUAUUGAAUUUGUUCAUGUAUCUGGUUUUAUUGGAGGUGCAAAUUCUUUAGAGAGUGUUAUAGAAAUGGCUGUUAGAUCAUUAAAUUAG